GCAUGCCUGCUCUGGAGCACUGCGCUUGAGGCCCAAGUCAAACUGGAGCCGCUUCUUUCUUUAUAGGUUUAUCUGCCACAAAUCCUUUGAUGGCAUGAACUGUUGGACACUGUGCUACAAGGCAGGAGGUCAGCAGUACAAACAAGGAUCAGUUCGGCAAAUACCAAUUGGGUCAGGAUAUAACCAAAGAGACUCCGACGGCUUCAAGAAAAAAUUUGAGACAGCAAAAAGAAAGAGGAGCUUAAAGCAUCAUUGGAUUUCUGGGUGGAAGCAGAGGAUUUACUGGCUCUUCUAAAUUAGGGGGGACAACCAAACAGAGGACAUUAACAAUGGCAUGCCAAUACAAGUCUUUCUUCGUCUUCUUCGUCAGAGCUGGGCUUCUCCUGGGCCUAGCCAAUCCGCUAGUGACCUCAGCUUCCUGUCCAUCACAGUGCCGCUGUGAUGGGACUUUCAUCUACUGCAAUGACCGGGAGCUGACUUCCAUCCCUUCAGGCAUCCCAGAGGAUGCCACAGUUCUCUUCCUGCAGAACAACCGAAUUAAGAGCGCAGGCAUUCCUGCUGAUCUGCGGAGGCUCAACAGCGUGGAAAAGAUCUACCUGUACUGCAACAACUUGGAUGAGUUUCCCACCAAUCUUCCUCUGAAUGUCAAGGAACUCCAUCUGCAGGAGAACAACAUCCGGACUAUCACUCACGCGUCUUUGGCGCAGAUUCCUUUCAUUGAGGAAUUACACCUGGACGACAACUCGGUGUCGGCUGUCAGCAUUGAGGAGGGAGCGUUCCGGGACAGCAACCAUUUGAGGUUGCUCUUCCUUUCACGCAAUCACCUGAGCACCAUCCCCGCAGGUCUGCCCAUGACCAUUGAGGAGCUUCGUUUCGAUGACAACCGCAUCUCCUCCAUUUCUGAGGUGUCCCUGCAAGAUCUUAUAAACCUGAAACGCCUAGUGCUGGACGGCAACCUCCUGAAUAACAGGGGCAUCGGGGAAAUGGCCUUUGUGAAUUUGAUCAACUUGACUGAGCUCUCACUGGUGCGGAACUCCCUUACAUCCCCACCUGCCAACUUGCCAGGCAACAGCCUUGAGAAGUUACAGCUCCAGGACAACCACAUAGACCGGGUGCCAGCAGGUGCUUUUGCUUUCCUGCGACAGCUGUACCGCCUGGAUCUGUCAGGCAACAAAUUGACCAGUCUGCCUAUGGGGGUCUUUGAUGACCUAGAUAACCUGACCCAGCUGCUGCUGCGCAACAACCCAUGGUACUGCAACUGCAGAAUGAAGUGGGUGCGUGACUGGCUGCGCUCAUUGCCAGGUAAGGUCAAUGUGCGUGGCUUCAUGUGCCAAGGCCCUGAUAAGGUCAAAGGGAUGGCCAUCAAGGAUCUAUCUACAGAGCUCUUUGACUGCUCUGAAACAGAGGUCUCGCCCACAUAUGAAACCAGCACAGUCUCCAACACACUGCCACCUUCUCGACCUCAGUGGCCUCUGUAUGUGACUAAAAGACCAGUGAUUAAGGGUCCAGAUUUUGGUAAAAACUACCGCAGCACUACGCCACCGAGUCGUAAGAUUAUCACAAUCAGUGUGAAAUCCAGUAGUCCAGAUACUGUGCACAUAUCCUGGAGAGUAUCUCAGCCCAUGACCGCCCUGCGCCUCAGCUGGUUGAAGCUGGGGCACAGCCCUGCAUUUGGAUCCAUCACGGAGACCAUUGUACAAGGGGACAGAACGGAGUACCUGCUUACAGCUCUGGAGCCUGAGUCCUCCUAUCGGAUAUGCAUGGUUCCUAUGGAGACCAGCAAUAUUUACCUGUCAGAUGAGACGCCCGUUUGCAUAGAGACGGAAACCGGCUCCCUAAAAGCAUACAACCCCACUACAACCUUGAACAGGGAGCAAGAGAAGGAGCCGUACAAAAAUUCAAGUUUGCCUUUAGCUGCUAUUAUUGGAGGGGCCGUAGCACUCUUGGCCAUAAUAAUGCUGGCGCUGGUGUGCUGGUACGUCCACAGGAAUGGUUCUUUAUUUUCCAGGAAUUGCACGUACAAUAAAGGGCGCAGGAGGAAGGAUGACUACGCUGAGGCCGGAACAAAGAAGGACAAUUCCAUCUUGGAGAUUAGAGAGGCUUCUUUUCAAAUGAUACCCAUAAAUCACAUGCCCAUGUCCAAGGAAGAGUUUGUAAUACACACAAUUUUCCCACCUAAUGGUUUAAACCUUUACAAGAGCCCACACAGUGAAAACAGUAUCAACAACAGAAGCUACAGAGACAGUGGAAUACCAGACUCGGACCACUCCCAUUCAUGAUAGUGUGUGGAGGUUUAAAAGACAUUUUGUUACGAAUGACUGACUCCAGGACUGGCCGGUCUUUUACAAAACACUGGAUUGAAAAGACUGAGAAAGCAAUGUUCUGUACAUUUGCCAUAUAAUUUAUAUUUAAGGACAGUUUAUUAAAAGAAAAAAAAAGGCUAAAAUUGCAGGCCAUCACUGAGCCUUCAGUGUGUGCUGUCAACAACUGCAAUUCUAUAUUUUAGAGGUUUGUAGUAAUUUGUACUGUACAUCCUUUGCUUAAGGUUUCAGACCAAUUAAAAUCUUUGUGCUCUACUGAGAUAUGACUUGUCAACUGUGAAAGUGGGUUUUCAUUGCUGUGUUGAACAAUCAGAUUUUAGAGAACCUUGUAGAAUAAGCACAGGUCAUAGUUUUCACUACGUGACUCUCAGUUAAAAAGAUAAAAGGCAAAAAUGCGGCCAACGGGAAUAUAGGGCACAGCUGAUUAAAUGGGUAGAAGACAGCAGGAAUAGGUGUGUUGCGGUAUCGCAAAACCUCGAGAGUUCGUUAGAAAUCUUAGUUGACAUUUCUACAGUGUUGCCAGGCAUUAAGUCUCCACUAUGCUUGGAUUGUGGAGAUAAACUGCUUUCUUUUGUUCCUGGGAGAAGUAGCAACAUAGCACAGAGCCCAGCAUGCUGUUCCUUUGUUGGGUAAGCUUGUCCGGCAUAGGACCAACAAAGCACAGAGAUAACGAGAGGUUGUUACUUAGUGACACUAGAAGAGACAGGCCAACAACCCAAUCUCACUUGCUCCAGUCGAUAGGGAGAAACCGCAGAGGUGAUAUCUCUCAGUAGUGAACCAAUUGUGAGUGUAAAUGUUGCACUUGAAAAUAAGUAUAAGCUGGGCAUAAAUAAGAUGGGUUCAUUUUCUACUUGGAAGACGAAGUGUCAACUAUUUUUGUUCAUAUUAUAAUUAUUAUCUGUAUUUUUUUUUCCCCAGAGUUCAAGCCACUUUUACGUUGCCACAACUGAAAGUUAAUUGUUCUUUACAACUGAAGACCAAAGUGCAUAUACGCCCUUUGGCCAGUCUUGUAUGUGCCUUGAUCCAAUGCUUAUUGUAUUUAGCUUUUUAAAAGAAUAAACCAGUGACUUAACUUUUUUCAUACACACUUGAAUAUGAUAAACUAUUGGUCAUAUUGCAAAAUAAAAGUGGAUAAAACCAAA